AUGCUUCAUCGAUCAGAGAUGUCUCUACGUUAGACGUCUAUACCAUCAUUACCCUUUCACCAGAAUGGUACAAUGGUCACGUGGUAAUUCCAACAGAGAAGACUCUGGCCGAGGGAAGCGAAGGAGCGGAUAAUGUACGUCAAGUGCCUGAAUAGAAAUCAGGCUUUUCUGUAGGGGAGCCGCACUAACAGGAAAUGAUGAACACCACCCGUGACAAGAAAGGAGGUGCACGUGCUUUUCGUCAACUAAGCGAACCUCAGGCUGGAAAGCUCUUGAAGAAAACUUGA